AUGGAAGUCUACCCAAGCAUGUUUCAGAUUGCUCGAGACAAAAACUCCACAAUUGCACAGAAUAGAUGUGGCAAUAGCUGGAGUGUAGUGCUCAGGAGAAAUGUGCAGGAUUGGGAGAUGGGGAGUCUGCUUGAACUACUUGCUAAUGUGGAGAAAUAUAAGACGAAUGACACAUGUGCUGAUACAUUGUUAUGGGGAAGAAAUAACUCUUUCACUGUAAAAGAUUGUUAUCAUCAUAUAUGCUGCCAGAAUCAGAUCAUUGAGCUUUGGCCCUGGAAACUUAUUUGGAAGACCAAAAUGCCUACCAAGAUCAUCUGCUUUUGUUGGAUUGCCGCCCAUGAAGCAUGUUUAACAAUAGAUAAUCUGAAUAAAAAAGGCCUCGAACUGGAAGAUAAGUGCUGUAUGUGUCAAAAUAGCCCAGAGACAAUCAAUCACCCGCUCCUUCACUGUGCAGUGGCAAAGGACCUACGGAAUAUGUUCUGCUGUAUUUUUGGCUUAGAAUGGAUCAUGCCACAAAAUGUGAAAGAGGCUUAUGCAAGCUGGAAUUCAUGGAGAGUUGAUAAGUCCAUCAAGAAAGUCUGGGUGAUGAUCCCUGGAGUUAUUUUUUGGGGUUUAUGGACUGAAAGGAACCGUAGAUGUUUUGACGGGAUUUCAACUCCAAACCACUCUCUUAAAGCUAGUUGUCUAUUUCUUCUGUUCAGUUGGGUUAAUUUAACCCCUGUAUUUAGCACUGAACAGUUUUUGGACUUUGUUAGCUUGCUAGUGCUAGUUUGA